CGAGAAAAUAAGAAGCGAAGCUGUUGAGGGAAUGCAAAUGAUUGAAGAAGCUUUGAAGAAGGCGCAGGAUGCCUCAGCUGAGGCUACGCGGCUGUAUACAAUGGCGAGCGACCGUGUCGAAGCCGCAGAGGCCAAGGGUUCCAGCAGUGGGAGUGUGGGCGGUUUACAUGAGGCAUACAAGGCGAAGGAUGUGCUCUACCCUGCCCACUCUGCGAAGAGUACAGUCGAUCGUGAAUUUAAAUUGCUGCAGGAAAUCAAUACGGAUGCGCAGUUGGCGCAUGACUGGGCGUUAGCCAAUCUGACAGAAGGGG